CAUUAUUCCCAAUAAUGGCCGAUAGUUUAUCUAAAUACUGAACAUAAAGGUGUAGCAUUCAUAUAUACAUGUAAUUUACCAUUCAAAUAUUUUAAUGUUUGUGUAAAUGUGUUAAACGGUGAGGUUUCGCGGAAUGUUUCCGCUUACACCGCCUGUAGUGAAGCGUUUGUUAGGGUGGAAAAAAGGUCCCGAAGGAUCAUCCGCGGCCGAGGACAAAUGGUCUGAAAAGGCAGUGAAAAGUUUAGUGAAAAAACUGAAAAGGAGCGGUGCCAUUGAAGAAUUGGAGAAGGCUUUGUCGAACCAAAACAGCCACACCAAGUGUGUUACGAUACCCAGAGUAAAACCAAACGACAACGUCAUCAAUGGACAAUACAGAAAGGGUUUGCCGCAUGUUGUCUACUGCAGGCUGUGGCGCUGGCCGCAGCUUCAAAGUCAGCAUGAACUAAAGCCCGUCGACCACUGCGAGUACGCAUACCAGUUGAAAAAGGACGAAGUGUGCGUCAACCCUUAUCAUUAUAAUAAAAUCGACUCUCCUGCGCUCCCUCCUAUUCUCGUGCCGAGGUGCAACGAGGGCGAAGUCCGAGCGCCUCCGCCGUACGACUACCAGCAACAUCACGAUCACGAUAGCGUGAUGCAGAGCGCGGUGGGCGUGGCGGCGGGGGGGCACAGCGCGCUGUACCUCGAGGCCACGCUGGCGCAGCAGGUGCCCGGCAACACCACCGUGCAGCUAAGUUCCUCAUCAGUUGAAACCCCACCGCCUGGCUACAUGAGCGAGGACGGCGAUCCGAUGGACCACAACGACAAUAUGAACCUGACGCGGCUCACGCCGUCGCCCGGCGCGCUGGCCAGCGAGGCGGCGCCCGUGCUGUACCACGAGCCCGCCUUCUGGUGCAGCAUCAGCUACUACGAGCUCAACACGCGCGUGGGGGAGACCUUCCACGCCUCGCAGCCCUCCAUCACCGUCGACGGGUUCACGGACCCCAGCAACAGCGAGAGAUUUUGCCUCGGCCUUCUGUCUAACGUGAAUCGUAACGAGGUCGUGGAACAGACACGCAGACAUAUCGGCAAGGGUGUGCGACUGUAUUACAUAGGAGGAGAAGUAUUCGCGGAGUGUCUGAGCGACUCGUCGAUAUUCGUUCAAAGUCCGAACUGCAACCAGAGAUAUGGCUGGCAUCCCGCCACUGUCUGUAAAAUACCUCCAGGUUGCAACCUGAAAAUCUUCAACAAUCAAGAGUUCGCAGCCCUCCUCUCUCAGUCCGUAUCGCAAGGCUUCGAGGCGGUGUUCCAGCUGACCCGCAUGUGUACAAUACGGAUGAGCUUCGUCAAGGGUUGGGGGGCGGAAUAUAGACGGCAAACGGUGACAUCGACACCAUGCUGGAUAGAGCUUCACCUCAACGGGCCGCUGCAGUGGCUCGACCGCGUCCUCACGCAGAUGGGCUCCCCGCCGCUGCCCUGCUCCUCCAUGUCCUGAGCGCUCGCACCACCGCACCACCAACAUGCCGCCGGGUGAGCGACACUGUAACUCUCGGUGCACAUGCGGACGGGGUCCCGCCUCAGACCUGAUCCUCCAUGUCCCGAGAACUCGCACUGGAACCGACCAGGAAUCUGGCCAUCUGUAGUCGAACGGGCUAGCCAGUUGUUUUUAUAUUUACACACUAGGUAUAUCUGUUAAAGGUAUCCUAUCCCCCAACGGUUAACGUCAAUCCCAGUUAACGAUAACUCCGACCAAGUAUUCUAUCACUAUGCAGUCCUUAAUCUAGUUCAACAUCUCUGUUCCAGGUCGGCAGUCAGUCAAAAUAAUCAAAUAAGCACACAAAACUAUAACAAAAAAAAAAGUAGAUUUCGUAAGCGUAGCUCAACAAAUUAAAUACCUCGAGUCUUAGACCAUUUGAUAAAAAUU